AUGAGGGAUGAGUUGAAAGACAAUUUUGGCAUUGAAGCCACUAACAAACAACUAUGGAAAGCUAGACAGAAAGCAAGAGGAGAUGUGGGAGGUGGUUAUGUACACUCUUAUGCAAAUUUAAGACAAUAUGCUAUUAUGGUUCAUAACACUAAUCCCAGAAAUGCUGCUAUUGUACAGAGCCAGCUGGUGUCAAUCAUGAGUGAGGAAGAAGGAAGAAUGCAGCCACAGUUCAAGCGUAUUUUCAUAUGUUAUGAAGGGGUCAAAAAAAGUUGGCAUUGGUUUUUAGAGAAAUUAAUCGAAGAAAUUGGGGAAACGGCCAAUGGUCAUCCAUGGUGUAUCAUGAGUGAUAGACAAAAGGGUUUGAUUGAGGCUGUGGCAGCCAUCCCAAAUGCAGAACAUCGUUAUUGUUGUUUUUAUAUCGAGAACAACAUGAUAAAAAAGUUUGGGACGUCACAACUUAGAGGCAUGUUUUGGGCAGCAGUUAAGACAACGAAUUUGGACAAUUUUAAGCAUAUAAUGGUCAUGAUAAAGCAAUUCAAUAUAGAGGCACAUGAGUGGUUGUCAAAUAUAGACUUUGGCCAUUGGACUUUGAGCAAGUUUGACACAAGAGCAAAGGUUGAACACCUCACAAACAAUUUUGUUGAGUCGUUUAAUGAUUGGAUAGAGGAGCAUCGCUACAAGCCUCCCAUUGAAUUGUUGGAAGGGUUAAGAAUACAACAUGCAGAAAUGUUGUGUACAUGGAAAGAGGUAGCUGAAAGAUUGGAGCAGAAGCUCACUCCAAGUGUCCAUCUAAAGGUAAAUGAAUUGCUCAAGAAAGGUCAACUAGCACAUGUAACCAGGGUUGGUCAAGAGGAAUUUCAGGUGGAUUAUGACAAGAAAAGGUGUAUUGUUAAAUUAAAUGAGUGGUAUUGCAUUUGUGGCCAAUGGAAAGUGAGAGGAAUACCUUGUAUUCACGCGGGUGCUUGUAUAAACAAAAUGAGGGUCAACAUAGAAGAUUAUUGCUCGACAUACUUCACCAUUGAAAUGUGGAGGAAGAUUCUGCAUGGUGUUAUUCAUCCCAUACCUGAUGAAUCUAUGUGGCCACAGUUUGAUGAUGAAAAUUUAUUGCCACCUAUCAUUAAGGCGAAAGUACCAAGCAUUAGAGAUUCACAACAACCGUUUCAACGAGUGUUGAUUAUUCACGAAUCUAGUCCGGAGUCGUGCUCAAAAUCAUCGGAUUCUAGUGUGCCACCAACACCUCCAGCAAACACAACAAUGACUCAAUCAGAUAAUGAGGUACAUAAUGAAGAAAAGUCAGUGACAUGUUCUUUGAAACAAUCAGAAUCACAUAUCGAAAAGACUCCUCAAUUGAAGCCUAUAUUAGAGGAGAAUGAACAUUUUGAGUGCAAGAUAGGGGUAAAAAGUAAGAUGGAUGAUGUCACAAAACUUAUCAAUGAUGAAGCCGACUGUGAUAGAGAAUCAGAGAUGUGGUUUGUUGUUAAUGAGGUACCGAUCUGA